AUGGCGUCGGUGUCGACAGGAGCAUCGGCGCCUUUAUGCAGCAUCUAUUCGAUACACCGAGGCUAUAAUCUCCACAGCAGCGCAAUCAUCUCGCCAGUUUCCAACUCGACACGCGAUCCUACAGUGUUGCUGCAAGUGCGAGUAUCAACUCCCAAAACGACGCUUGUCCGGGAGAUUGCAGAGCGUAAGGAAGGCGGCGGGAUACCUUUGGCGGCUACGAUUUGCAAGACGCCGGAGCCUGUUUUCUGGCUGUUUGCUAUGAGCGAUUUUUGGAGUCGAAUCGCUUCAGCCCUUAUGGAGACAAAGGCGUGCCGUCUUUGUAUCAUGCCGCUGGUGCAUUCUUGCGACAGUGCUGCUCCCGUUGAUUAUGUUACGUAG